CUGAGUAAAUAAAUAGUUUUGAAAGGCAUCUCUUCUGCAAAAAUUCAGCCAAAAAGGUGCUGUGGAUUGAUCCUGUGUAGCCGUGUGUUAGUCGUUUGAUCGUCAUCGACACUUUCUCGAUUCGAUUCUGUCGAGACCUGCAAAAAUUAGAUCUUUUUAGAGUAGAAAGUCAAUUCCUUGGGCGUCUUCCGAUUCGAUCACGAGCGGUGCUUGCGAAAAAAUGGCGCUUGAGCCCCCAGCUUUUCAGGAAGCUGCUCGCUGCGAUGUCUGCAAAUGCAGCUUCAACACCUUCAGACGCCGGCAUCAUUGUCGUUGCUGCGGGAGGACAUUGUGUCAUGAACAUUCGUCAAAUCAAAUGGCUUUACCUCAAUUCGGGUUAAACCUCCCUGUCAGAGUUUGUGCCGAUUGUUUUAACAACUCUGCUCGAUCUGUUAAGACCAAUAUUCAUGCUUCAGCCGAUGAAGUUGAUUCCGUAACAGGAGGAGUGUCUAGACUAGACAUCGACACAGAUAUGGGCUUUAAAACCAAUCCAACAUUAGAGCAGCACUCUGUGGUAGCUGUAGCUGAAUGCAAGUGUGGUAUGCCUCUAUGUAUCUGCGUAGCUCCUGCUCCGCCCGCCAACACGCUGAUCCCAGAGACUACUCCUGCUUCUGUGGCGCCCAUCCAGCCAAAUCUAAAGCCAAGAAGGACAGAAGCCUCAGCAAGGAUUAAAGGUUCCACUUCCAACAGCAUCACUAGUUCAGCUUCGAAUCCCGGUCAACUUACAAGCAGUGCCAUGGACAUUCCCCAAAGGGACUAUGAAUGCAACGGGGAGGGAUUAAGGGAAGCCAUCAAGAAUGGUGAUGCUGCUGGCGUCGGGAAGCUGUUGAAAGAGGGGGUAGAUGCGAAUUACCGUGACAAGCAGGGAAUGUCGGUGCUUCAUCUGGCUGCGAUGUUUAACUGCACCGAUAUAACGUUUAUUCUAAUGGAACAUGGAGCAAGCCUUGAGCACAAGAAUGCACAAGGAGAAACGCCGAUAGAUUGUGCUCCGGCUACUCUACAAUACAAGAUGCGGCAAAAGAUGGAAGAAAUCGGGAAGAGCUUUGGCUCUUGAAGCGAAACCCGGCUCGCUGUCUUUGCUCAUGGGAAGAGCUUUGGCUCGUGAAGCAGGCGAGCGAUCGCUGAGAACACGACAAAGGUUUUCGGGCUUCGAAUCUGCUUGAAAGGUAAACCGUAUUGAAGGCUUUCCGGUUGUUCUGUCUGCAUUUUGUCGAGAUGCUUUUUAGUUCAUCAACGACACUGAUAAGAUAUGUCGAUGUGAUGCAAAUCGACUCCUUGGCUCAAGUUUUAGACAUAAGACAAGUUUCAUGGAAACCUUGUUUUCGUGGGUGAGAAACCGAGAACCUGUUUGCAAAUUGGUUUGUGACAUGCUCUCCUGAUUCAGGGCAAUCUCCGUGUUUUCUAUUCUACAAACCCGACAUGAAAGUAUAGUAGUUGGUAGGCGUAGUGAGAUUUGGGUUUGAUUCGGUUAUUUUAGAAAAAUUAUAUACA